AUGAAAGUUCAAUUCAAUAAAUACGGUGGGAUCUGUUCUGUCAUUGUCAAUGGCCGUGAAUUCAUUUCUGAUUCUGUUCCUCUUUUCUUCAUUUACGAAGACAGACCAUUGCAAUGGCCCGCAUGGGAUAUACAGCUCUACCACAAAGAAAUGCAAGACAAGAGUCCUGUUUUACUUACUUAUUCAUUGUCAGACAAGAACCAGUUGAUCUUUACAUGGCAAGUUCCUGAGAUCUCUGAGAAUUCAACUGCAGAACCAAGUAUCAUCAGACAAUUAAUCUCAUUCCAGGGAACAACAAUCGAUAUGAAGACAGAAGUGAAGUGGACACAACACGAUAAACUUCUCAAAUAUGUUUUGCCAACGACUAUCAGAUCAAGAUUUGCAAGGUUUGGCCUCCAAUUUGGUUACAUCGAGAGAGAAACUCAUAAGAACACAACAUGGGACUUUGCGAGAUUCGAAGUUCCAGGAAGAUGGGUUGAUCUAAGUGAUGCAACAGGUGGUAUCACAAUGACAAGUGAUAUGAAAGGCGGUUAUGAUGUACAUGAAGGAACAAUGAUGAUGUCACUUUUGAAGAGUCCAAUGUCUGUUGACAAAUGGGCUGAUUUCGGAAACAGAAGACAUGUCAUUAGACUUGAUUUCCACACAGACAAUUUCAGUUCAAGAAGCCAAAUGAUAUCCGAUCAAUUAUGCAAUCCAAAGACAUUUUGCCAGACUCAAAAGCAAGUUAUGACAAAUGUUUACAAACAAUUCAUCUCAUGUGAUGAAAAGAAAUUGCUCUUGACAGCGUUGAAAGUCAGCGAAGAUGGAGAAGGAGUCAUCGCAAGAUUCGUUGAACCUUGCGGAGGAUGGGUAAAGACAAAUGUCAAGUUUAACUAUUUAUCACAAGGAGAGUGGACAUUCGCUUUAGUUUCAAUGAAGGAAGUCAUCCAAAAAGUUCUUCCAAAGGUCAAUGGAAACAGUGAAAUUGAAAUCGAAGCGAAACCAUUCCAAGUUAUCAGUGUUUUGAUGAAAAAGUCACAACAAGCUCCUGUAAUCAGAACACAGACAAUUCAGCAGCAGAAACCACAGCAAAUGUCUUCCCCAUCAAGGUUUUCUACUUCUAGUUUCCAAACAAUUAUUGGAUAUCCAUAA